AUGGGGCCGAAGCUCCGCGGGCGCGCCCUGGGGGAGGGCGCGGGUGAAGCGUCGGGCGGCGCGGCGGAUGGUCACCACGGGCGGCCCGGGCGGCGGCCGGGACCAGAGCGACCGGGGCCCCGCACGCAGGGCACGGCGAGCCCGGCGAGCAGCUGCAGCGGGAGCGGCCGGGCCGCCGGCAGCGCCUCCCUCCCGCGGGCGCCGGCCCCGCGCCUCAUGCCGCCGCCGCCGCCGCCCACCCCCUGCGCCGCUAGCGCUGCAGCCGCUGCCGCCCGCCCCGCCCCGGAGCCCCCGGCCGCAUCCUCCCCGGCUCUGCGAUGGGGCGGGAGCUCGGCCCGCCCGUCACCCGACCCCUGCGUCCCCGCCGAGCAGCGCGCCCCGCCCCCGCGGCUCCCGCAGCCCCCGCCCCCCCGCCAGCUCCGCAGGCCAGCCCCGGAAGAGGCGGGGCCCGCGGGCCGUCCAGUUCCGCCCACCCAGAGAGGCGGACUGAUUGACAGCCCAACUGGACAACAAUGGCGAGGGCUUGGUCGAGGCUCCCGCGAGUCUCUGUGCCUCUGUACCGAACAGCCAAUCGAAACGUCCUUCCUCUUGGGCGGUCUCGAUAACGGAAUUGGCUGCCGGAAGAAAGAGUUCAUUGGCCCGCGCCGGAGGAAGCCCCCUACACCUCUCCGGGAGCCAAUCAGCGCUCCUAAAGAGGGCUCCGGAAGUCUCCCAGUUGCAGAUUGCAGUGAACACGAUGGCAAGCCCGAGUUGACCUCGUGCGUCCGUCGCAGUAGUAGCUCGCAUUCGGGUUAUUGUUGUCGCUCGUGGUUCUGGAGGUUCGCUGGGCUUAGCCGGGUGACCCUCGUUCCGGAUCCCCCCCUGUGGGCGGAGUGGCAGGGCUGGGCUAACGUCAUCCUUCGGGCUUCCCCGCUCACGUGGCGGGGCUGGGGCCUCGGCGGGGUGGGGCCGCUGCAGCGCACUGGCCUCUGCGUGCCCCUGACGUCCGCUCGGCGUGGCCGCUGCCUCUAA